UAAAGUUGUGGUUUGAAAGUCACGAUGCAACAUGGCUGCUUCCAUAUGGGGGAGGUUUGUCGCUUCGGGGUUGGGGAUUUUGCAGUCUUCGUUUUGGAGAGCUACCCAGACCCUUAGAAGUUCCAGAGGUAAUGUGGAACAGGCCAGAGGUUACUAUGUGGACUGGAGGAUGCUGCGAGACGUGAAGAGAAGACAAAUGGCGUUUGAAUACGCAAAUGACCGACUCCGGAUUAAUGCGAUUAGGAAGAACACAAUCUUGCCAAAAGAGUUGCAGGAGGUAGCCGAUAAAGAAAUUGCCGCCCUGCCACGGGACAGCUGCCCAGUCCGGAUCCGGAACAGGUGUGUGAUGACGUCCCGGCCGCGAGGGGUGAAGCGCAGGUGGAGACUGAGCCGGAUAGUUUUCCGCCACCUCGCUGAUCACAAUCAGAUGUCGGGAAUCCAGAGAGCAAUGUGGUAGCAGUCCUCUUCAUUGGGAUUUCCUCGCGCAGUAGAGCUGCAAACAAGGGACAGUUGGCACAGUGGCAUAGGACUCCACUGCACUCUCGUCUUUUUAUUACUGUUGCUUUUGUUACUGGGAAACUGUAGCAAAGGAAGAAAAAAAAAUGUAGACUAUGUCAUUGCACUUGUGUUGAAUCAAUUCUAAUAAUAAAUAAAUUAAAUACCUGGA